AUGGUAGUUAGGUCACUUGAUGUAGAAAAAGAUCCUUUUCGACCUAGAGAAGAACAUGAAGAGCUCCUUGGUCCAGAAGUACCAUAUCUUAGUGCAAUAGGAGCAUUGAUGUAUCUUGCUAAUUGUACAAGACCUGAUAUAGCUUUCUCUGUCAAUUUAUUAGCAAGAUUUAGUUCUGCUCCAACAUAUAGACAUUGGAAAGGGAUUAAGCACAUACUCCGCUAUCUCCAGGGUACUAUUGAUAAAGGAUUAUUAUAUUCUAAUAAUUGUGGGUCACAACUUAUUGGCUACGCAGAUGCAGGAUAUUUAUCUGAUCCACAUAAAGCCAGAUCUCAAACUGGCUAUUUGUUCACUUGCGGUGACACUACUAUAUCCUGGCGAUCAACAAAGCAAACUCUGGUGGCUACUUCCUCAAAUCAUGCUGAGAUACUUGCAAUUCACGAGGCAAGUCGAGAAUGUGUUUGGUUAAGAUCAAUGACAUAA